AUGAUUUGUUCCAGUGUUUUUGAUACGUGGUGGCCGCUUGUAUUCAUUUCUGCAUAUAUUGUUUGUCCUGCAUCAUGUUCCGAAGUCACAGUGAUAACCGAUCCAAAGUUCAGCACGCCUAUCACCAAUGUAACGGCAGCCGUGGGACGAGAAGCAACCUUAACAUGUGUAGUGCAUGAUCUAGGUGCUUAUAAGGUCGCAUGGUUGCGGGUGGACACCCAAACAAUUCUCACCAUCCAAAAUCAUGUCAUUACGAAGAACAAACGAAUUGGUAUUACAUAUACAGAGAAAAAAACUUGGCAGCUUCGAAUCAAGGACAUCCGUGAAACAGAUCGGGGAUGGUACAUGUGCCAAAUCAAUACGGAUCCAAUGAAAAGCCAGAUGGGAUAUCUGGAUGUUGUAGUACCGCCGGACAUACUGGACUACCCAACCAGCACUGAUAUGGUCGUACGGGAGGGUAGCAACGUGACGCUGCGAUGUGCCGCCGUAGGAUCGCCUGCCCCAGCAAUCGUGUGGCGCCGUGAAGCUGGCGAUAACAUCUCCCUGCAAGACGGUGAGCAAGUAUCAUCAGUCGAAGGUCCAACGUUCACAAUACCGAAAGUCAACAGACUGCAUAUGGGUGCGUAUCUAUGCAUUGCGUCCAAUGGAGUUCCACCGUCUGUUAGCAAACGGGUAAUGUUGAUAGUGCACUUUCCACCGAUGAUAUGGGUGCCCAAUCAGCUGGUCGGAGCGGUUGAAGGUCAACGAAUGACUCUUGAGUGCCACUCGGAAGCGUAUCCCAAGUCAAUUAACUAUUGGACCCGCGAAAAGGGUGACAUUGUUCCCCAAGGUGGUAAGUACGAGCCGGUUCUGAUAGACAACGCGUACAAAGUGGUGAUGAAGCUGAGCAUCAAGGUUGUGAGCCAGGCCGAUUUUGGUGCCUACAAAUGUAUCGCUAAAAAUUCCUUAGGGGAAACCGACGGAACCAUCAAACUAUACAAGCUACCAAAAAGUGCAAUCAACUCAGUGGAAACUAUAGACGGCAAGCGAAGAAAUAAAUCGCGAAAAGGGAGUAACUUUUACGAAUCUAAUGAUUUUAUGGAUGAAGAUUUGGACAGCACCAGUAAGAGGAAAGAUGUAAUAAUAAGUGGUAAUCGGAAUGACGACAGCUAUGAAAUAUCAACAACCGGGGUGAAUGGAGCCAUUUGCUUGAAAGAAUUGUUGUGCGGCAGGAUACACAUAGUAAUAGUUUUAGCAGUUGUCAUUUUCGCUUUGCAAACCGGAACGAUAUGACGCUUGUAAUGAUAAGUCUACAUCAUAGAAUAGAAUAGAGUAGAAAGCCAAUAGAAUAGAGGGAUUGUUUAUUUCGAUCGUUCCGUUCAUGUUGAUUCGGUUUAGCGAAAAAGCUAUUAAGGUUCCAUUAAACUAUUGUUAUGUAAUAUGAAAAUGAGUUAAUAUUGCGAGUUGUGUUACACCAAACACGAUUGUAAACGAUACAGUUUAUGCAGGAAACAAUUAAAAACUGCAAAACAAAGAUAGGGAAAUAUGCGCUAGAAAUGAAAAAAUGAAAAGCUAGUUAUAAAUUGUAAAUACGCUGCUACGUUUAGUAAGUUCUACCUAAACCAACAAUCCAAAAGCAACAUCGAUACAUAUCCUUAGGCAAAUGAAUAAGAUUAGAUAACAAACAACUCACAAAAACACACAAAAGAGCCAAUGCUUGUACAACAUUAAUGCUUAAUCGGCAUCGGCUUCAGAGAAAAAACAAUGUGUUGAGAAAAUGUAGGCUUUAAGAACUGGAACAUACU